AUGACGGCCCACAAGAUACAGGCCCAGGACAGUCAAAAGGCCAUGUUCCACUUCUUCAAAUCUGAGUGGUUCGACUUUGAGUUGGUGCGCCUACUGGGAUUCGCUCCUUACGAGGGCGCGGAGAUCGCCGAGGUGCUCCAGGCGGUGGGCUCUAUCCGAGACAGUGAUGCAGAGAGCUGGCACACCGCAUGGCUGCGUGCAGGUAGCAAGACUGAAGCUUUGGCGCAAGAGGCCGAAGACCGGGGAGAUCGUCUCACGGCGCGUCGGGCGUACCUGCGCUCCUCCAACUAUAUCCGGGCGGCGCAGUACAUGCUCUCCAGCCGAAAGGGCCACAUCGACCCGCGCGUGCUGCCGACGCUGGAACGCGCUAUCGCUAAUUUUCGUCGCGCGACACAGCUGAUGGAUGGUGAUGUGCACUGUCUAGAGAUUCCCUACGAGAAGCACAUUGCCUUGCCCGGCUACCUGUAUCUGCCCCCAGCCGAACGCAGGCUCUCCGACGGCAAGAUCCCCAUCCUCAUCAACAUCGGUGGCGGCGACUCCACACAAGAAGAAUUGUACUUCAUCAACCCAACCGCGGGGGUUCAGCAGGGAUAUGCAGUUCUGACCUACGAGGGGCCGGGCCAGGGAAUCCUUCUGCGACGUGAGGGACUGACGAUGCGACCGGAUUGGGAGGUGGUCAAUGGUAAGGUGCUGGACUUUCUGGAAGUGUAUGCACGGGAGCAUCCCGCGUUGGAUCUGGACCUCGACCGGAUUGGCGUCUGUGGCGCUUCAAUGGGGGGUUACUUUGCGCUGCGAGCGGCGGCCGAUACGCGGGUCAAGGCGUGCAUUUCCAUCGACCCAUUUUACUGCAUGUGGGACAUCAUGAAGGGGCGCAUGCCCGAGUAUCUCAUCCACAUGUUUGAGACAGACCAGGGCUGCGCGCCUGACAGCUUCUUCAACGGGCUGGUACGGUUCCUCCAGUGGGCUAACUUCCAGGCUCGUUGGGAGUUCAAUCACCUCAAGACCAUCUUCGGGGUAGAGGCUCCCUCCGACGCUUUCCGCGCCAUGAUGACCUACACGCUCAGUCGGAGCGACGAGAAGGAGUACCUCGCUGACGUCCACUGCCCCGUGUUCGUCACCGGCGCCGCCGCCGCCCUCUACGCAAAGCCCGAGUUCAGCACGGACCGCAUCUACAACGCCCUCGGCCAUCUCCGUGACCAGGACAAGCUCAAGUGGAUUGCCGCCGAUGCAGCUCAGGGCGGGUUGCAGGCGAAGGUCGGAGCCUUUGGUCUUUCUGCUCAUCGAACAUUUGCCUGGUUGGAUCAGCAUUUCGGGAUCGACCGCAAGAUUGCAUACAAGCCGAAUUAG